AUGGAUCCACAAACUCCCACUACGGGUCAACCUACACCGUCUUUUGUACCUUCUUCAUCACAACCGUCACCAAAUACUACCAUUCCAAAUUCCACCACCAAUCCUACUCCAACACAUGAAGUUGACCCAUCCAACACCACAUCACCUACCACUACCCAAACCGAGCCUACUCUCACCUAUAGCCCUUCCUCAACUGUUCCACCAUUUUCAUACUUUUUCCCAGCUUCCGGUCAAUCAUCUUCUACCUACCCAAUACCACCAAGUUCAACCAUUAUUCAUACUACUUCUACAUAUCGACCACCGAACCAACCGGGUGGUCACUAUUCAUCUCCUCAGUUUGUGCAAUCUUUGGGUGUAGGAGGAGAUGGAUUUGAUGACGGGUAUGAAGCAGAAUUUAGAGGAUAUGAAGAAGAGGGGAUUAUUAUGGAGGUGAUGGAGGAAAUUUAG